AUGUCCUCGAUCGCAGCGGGCGUGACCGAGAUUGCGUCUGGCUCUCAAGCUGAGACGUCCUCGGCUGCCCAGACCGCGGCUAUCGAUGAUGGACCGCGCAGAGGUUCGCGAACACGGAAGCAGACAUCCAGAGCAGCCGGUCUGGACUUAACCGAAGCUUCGCUGACAUCGCAGGAUGCUCAGCAAGCCGUCGCGCGCUCGGGCCGAAAACGUAAGGCGGAUGGCAUCGACGCCGACGAGGAGCAGGAGAUCGAGGCGGAGGUCGAGGAAGUCUUCGAGACCGGAUUGAAUGACGAUGAAGACGACGGUGCCGCAGAUGAGAAGCAGUAUUGUAUCUGUCGCGGUAAAGAUGAUGGAACCUUUAUGAUCUCGUGCGAGCGUUGUCAAGAUUGGUUCCACACAAAGUGCCUCGGCAUCACACAGAAAGCCGCCAAGAAGCUCGACGAAUACGUCUGCGAUGCCUGCACCAGCAAGACAGCCAAGUCGACCAAGACAGCCGCAUCCAAGCCAACGAAAAGGUACAAGUCUUCGAGAGGACGCCAAGCAUCACGAACGACCAAAGCAGGAUCAGGCGACUCAUCGCCCGAGCGCGAUGAAGAGAAAGAUCAAGACUCUGAAGAUCACGACGCCUCUGACGAUGACGAAUAUGUUGGUGAACGAGAUGGCGAUGCGUCUGAUCACGAAGAUGCAACUAUGCAAGAGGACAGUGUCCCAGAACCGUCAGCCAAAUCUCAGCGACCUAGGCAAAUUCGAGCAAGCUCAUCGUCCCUGAAAUUUCAAGGCAAGACCGAAGAGGGAUCGAGUGGUCGAGCGUCCGAAAGCCUCCGACGACCGAGCGCGUCCAGCAAAGCCGAUACGAUCUCCAAGAAAAGCGUGGCCCGCAAGCCCACUGGUCCUACAGAUGCGAGCACUGAAGAAGCAAGAUCAAGAGCCCGCAAGGUUCUUGCGACUGCUCUUGAGAAGAUCUUCAGCGGUGCCACUGCGACCCCCGCCGCGACCAAAGAGAAGGCAAAGGCAGCUGAUCAAGGCGAAGAGACAAGCGAGCAACGUGCUGAGAACUUCGCUGCGCUUCUAGAGGGAGAGCUCUUCGAAGUGAAUGCCGAUACGCAUGGCUCGCUACGCGUGGUUGGCACAAAGUACAAAGACCGCUUCCGCACUUUUCUGUUUAGUCUCAAGGAUGCCAAGAAUACCACGCUGCAUUCUAGGAUUGCAUCGGGCCAACUCAAAGCUUCUGAGCUGGCAAAGAUGUCCAACGAAGAGCUGGCCAACGACACCAUCCGUCAGGCCACUGAGAAGGCACGACUGGAGGCGCUGCAGAGAAGCACCUUGCGGUCAGAGGAGGCUGGUCCCCUGCGCAAAAUCACGCACAAAGGCGAGAUUGAGAUCGACAACGAUGCCCUCGUUGCUCGAGAUCAGCCUGGCAAGUUCGAAAGGCGCUCGGACGCAAGGAGGGAGACGGAGAAGCCACCUGCGGCGAGGGUCACCGAAAGCGAGCCGGCGAUUUCUGCAACUGCCAGGAUCGAGGAUGACGACAACGAGGAGUCGGGCGCAGGUUCGCCGAAGGAUGAUGUUUCGCGUCGUUCAGCGCCUGCGCCUGGUCCCUCUCAGCAAUCACCAACUCGGGUCGACUUUGGUGGUGUCUGGACGCAGAGCGAACACGCCGACGCGACCGAAGAGGACGGAGAGCCUCACGAUCUCGGCUUCGGUGCCGCCUCGCCAGAUGGCGAUCGCUACGAUCAGACUAUGGCAGAAGGCGCACCUCAGGACACCACCGGCGGUGCUGACGACUUUAUCGACUCCUUCCUCGAUGGUCCGGACGAAGAGACUGGCAACCAAAUAGGCGACGUCGACCAAGCAACAGCUAAACAAGGCGCGGAAAGGUCCACGACACCUUCCGCAGAGCCUCCCAGCAACGCAGUGCAUCGGUACCGCAGCGUCAUUUGGAAUGGCCUCAUCGACCUUCCGGACGUAUUCGCAUUCCAAGGCCACGUCAAACAGGUGGCUGGCCGAAGCUUGACGCCUGCACCUAGAGUUUGGUCCAAAUUCUUCCCCGAGAGACCGCUCUUCGUUGCUGGUCGAUUGCCCACUAAAGCGGCGAUCGACUAUCUCCUUCAAGUGGCCAAUGCGGCAAGAACCGAGAUCCUUGCCUUCGCCAUGGAGCCAGGUGCAAGCAAGGACGCCGUAGCAACUCCGCAAGAUUCCGACUUGGCCAGCUUCAGCGGCAUGCUCAGACAUUUCAGGGAUGCGGAUCGAUGGGGAGCAUUGCAUGUCUCUUCUAGUGUCAAGGGCAGCCUCAUCAAGGACUUCUACGUCGUUCCGCUGCUCAAGGACGAUGAAGUGCCGCUGUGGCUUGACAUGGCUGAAUCGGACUGCCUCGGUGCAGACUGGCAUACCAAGCGUGACCGUGACCUGCUGGUGCUUGUAGCUGUGGUGAUCCGUGAUGCGCUUCAGUCUGAACUGUCAAAGGCAGAAAAACCCUCAAGUCGCCAGCGCAGCGCGACCAACGAUGGCAAGAGGCAGAGACAGGAUUCCAAUGCAGCUGCUGCUCGGCCUGCGCCAGACGAGGGCUACAAUCCAUCAGCCGCGUCAACCAUCCCCUUCGGCGCCUCAGCUGCUCCCAACAACGUUGCUCCCUCUGCUUCCGCCAUUGGCUCUGAUGCUCUGCAAUCGCUUCUCCGCACGCUAGGCAAGUCGGCCGCUCCCUCUUCGGCAGCCAACGUAGCCCCCGCGAUCUCAGGUGCAUUGAGUCCAUUGGGUGCAGCACGUCCAGGACCGCCGCCGCCUGGUCCGCCUCCCGGACCGCCUCCUGGCCCUCCCCCUGGGCCUCCUCCUGUCUUGUCAGGACGACCGGCUCCCGCCAAUGCUUCACCUAUGACUGGAUCAUGGUCGCCAUACCCUCCUGUCGGGGCUGGUGGCGGAGCCACGCCACCACAACCUUGGCAACAGCAGCCGCCCUAUCCCGCUCACCCUCCCAGCUAUGCAGGUGCCCCUGGUCCAGUUGUGUACGGACCUGGCACUGGAUACGACUACGGAGCGGGGUGGCAAGGAGGUCGCGAUGCUGGUGCAUACAUGCCACCUGCAGCAAAUGCGACGCCGCCGCAGCCGCAAGAGAUGCCAGAAGAAGAAUAUCCAGGGCAGUACAAUCCUGACUUUAUGGCACAGGCCAGCUCUGGUGCUCUGCGAGGCGGCGGUAGUUUCGGAGGACGAGGGCGAGGUCAAGGCCAUGGACAUGGUUACGGCUCAGACCGAGGGAGAGGUGGAUGGGGUCAAGGCGGUGGCUGGUGA